AUGACACUCAUGACUGCGUUGGGUCGAAAACGACGCCCAUCAUCUCCUCCUCCGCUCUCCCUCUCAGCUCGCUGGGCCAACCCUCCUCUUUCCAAGAUCCCAAAACUCAAUCAUCUCUUUGACGGCACAGGCUCGCGAUCGAUGGAGUCCACCAGUACUGGCCGGUCAAAGCUCAGCGUCAAGAGCCAGCUCAAGAGGGGGGUCUCCAGCAUUAAGACGGUCUUGGGCAUGGGGGAUAGAAGUAGCGGUGGCAGCAUGCAAUACCACAACGAGACCACGUUUCCUCUGACCCACGAAAAUCACUCCGUAUACUUACUUGCCAAUGAAUCAAACACGACGACGAUCCACCAACCUUUGAAGAUUCGACUGACUGCUAUUGCUGACAACUCGGCCGAUGAUGGGGAUAUCUCAGCAUCACCGACUGUCAAGAGCGCUCCGAGUACCCCUAGGUUAUAUGAAGUCCCUGAAAACGAAGAGGACGAUUCAUACGGUUCUCUUACCACCAGCAAGAAUGGGAGUGAGCUCUCUAGGAGUCAAUCUGCCCCCGGACUCCAGCGCCGCAUAAGCCAGAAGUUUCAACAAGCGUUCGGCAACGGGAACUCGACCAUUGUCAAGAGAUCAGGCUUACGUUCAAGACCUAGCGUUCAGACACUCUUAAGGGAGUCAGCCGUAGCGUCCUCGACACCGUGCUCUUCUACCCCUCCCACAUUGAUUAGCGGUACAUCUUCCUCCAUCAAUGGGACUUCAUCGACUGCGCAAACCUCGGAGCCAUUGACUCCUUCGUCAACCGUCCGCCGCGGUUGCAUCGAUUUGGUCGAAGUCGACCAACAGAAAUUCAUGGUAGAAGGUCGCUUGCUUAGUCCGAUCCCAGAAAGUAUCAAUUCUCCCUUCCUCACCAUCAGGACGGUUGAAGCCGCUGCGACCACCAAAAUAUUCUUCGAGCUCCACUUCAACUCGUUGUUCCAGGGUACACCGCCGAGAGCAUCACGGCGCAAGGAGUUGGAGAAGCGUAUGCGUGAACUACAGCUGCCUCCGGAUAUUCGGGAGCGAAUUCGGACAGCGUGGGAGAUGGCUGAGAGCGAGAAUCUCCGACAGCGCCGAGUGCUGAAAAAUACGACGAGCUCAGCCAAAGCGAGUCAGGGGGUCAGUAUCGGUGGCUUUGAAGUGAUCAACGUUCUCGGAAAGGGGAGCUUCGGGGUUGUUCGACUGGUCAAGGCCAAAAACAGCGGCGAUGGGUUGCAGAAUUCUGAAAUCAAAGGCGCCGACAAAGUGCUGAUCAACGCACCAUCUCGAUCCAGUUUGAUGUCGUCGGGCAGGUUGCUAUCUGGCAGUCUUUUCAGCAAGCGAAAAGAUGCGACCAAGGCCAGGAAGGAAGUUUAUGCCAUGAAAGUCAUUCGAAAGUCAGACAUGAUCCGCAACGGACAAGAAGGACAUCUCCGAGCUGAGCGUGAUUUCCUUGUUGCGGCAGAGGGUUCGAGAUGGGUCAUUCCUCUGAUUGCUGCAUUUCAGGAUCAAAAGCACUUGUAUCUAGUGAUGGAGUACUGCAUCGGAGGCGAUUUUCUGGGGUUGCUCAUCCGCAAGAACACUCUCAGCGAAGAGUUCACGAAAUUCUACAUUGCGGAAAUGAUUCUCUGCGUCGAAGAAGCUCAUCGCAUGCAGUGGAUUCACCGAGAUGUGAAACCCGACAAUUUUCUCAUCGGGUUCGACGGCCAUCUGAAGAUCUCCGACUUUGGUCUGGCUUUUAAUGGAGACUGGUCUCACGACCAAAGAUUCUAUCAAAAAAAUCGCCACUCGCUGUUGGAUGACUUGGGGAUUGUGAUUGAUGGUGACGAUCAGGACAAACAAGAGAAGGAAGCCCACUCACACCACGCAAGCAGGAGGCAUGGCAAGGAGGACUCGAAUUACAAGGAAGAACCCAUGUUGGGAGAGCCAAUUUUGGAUUGGCGCAACCGGUCGCAACGUCGACGCCUGGCCCGGUCUGUCGUUGGCACUUCGCAGUAUAUGGCUCCCGAGGUCAUUCGCGGCGAAAUGUACGACGGACGAUGCGAUUAG